AUGAAAGCACCAAUAUGGCGGGCCCUGAUGGCCGUGGGCAUGAAGUUCCACCACUUCGCUGACCCCAGGCCGCCCUCCCCCGACUUCAAGAUCGUCAUCCCUUCGCGCCUCUCUCCCCGCGGCGGCACUUUCAGACUCGUCUUCUACGUCCCUGCCGCGUACUUCUCCGACGAGGAUGACACGCGCUUCCCCGUCGUCGUCAACUUCCACGGCGGCGGCUUCACCCUGGGCACUGGCACUGAUGAUGCUCGAUGGGCCGCUUCCGUUGUCCAGGCCACCGAUGCCGUCUUCGUGAGCGUCGAAUACCGUCUGGCCCCCGAAUACCCCUUCAGCGUCGGCGUCGAAGACGGCACAGACGCCCUCAUCUACCUCGCGGCGCAUGCUGAAGAGUUGCGGCUCGAUCCACACCGGAUGGCCCUCUCAGGCUUCUCAGCAGGCGGUAACUUCGCCUUCACCGUCCCCCUCAUGCUUCACGAUCUGCGGAACGGCGCAGGCAGACGCACGCUCAAUCAGCCUCUGACCAUCCACGACGCGCCCUCUUCCUGGUCCCUCCGUCGUCCCCCCUCUUCCAAGACGCUCCGCCAUCCCCCCUCCUCCAUGACCCUCCGCAAGGCCCCAACAUCCCAUUUACCAACCACCCAAUUCCAGUCCAGCUCGACCCUCUCCCUCCCACGCCCUUACGCCUCCCGCAACAUUAGUUCUAAGGGCUCGGUCGUCAAGCUCACGGACCUGGAACCUACCGUGCUGGAGAUGGCCAACCAACUCCCUGACCUGACCAUCCUCUGCAUUGUCUCAUUCUAUCCCGCCGUAGAUUUCCGCCGCAGCCGCGCAGAGAAGCGUGCCACCAACCCAAUGCCAACCACGAACCUCUCCCCCUCCCUCACCAACCUCUUCGACCAAUCUUACCUCACCCCUUCCGGCUGCGACCUCUCCGACCCCUACCUCUCACCAGCUGCUGCCUCCGACGACUUCCUCCGAGACGCCUACCCCGAAGACAUCGUCCUCUACACAUGCGAAUACGACAUGCUGAACGCGGAGGGUGUCGCCUUUGGCGAGCGCCUCAGCAGCCCCGCCAUUGGGAAGACCGUUCACGGCGGCCUAAUCCGUGGCGUGCAGCACGCCUUCGACAAGAAGCCGAACCCGAUCUCCUUCCCCAAGGCGGCGGACCAGUGCUACGCCGAAGCAUGCGCCGAGCUCAAGCGCGUCUUCGGCGGCCGCAGCUCAGUGGAUGACCGCCGCCAGCUGGAGCAAGAUUACGAGGUCUUCCGCUUCGACGGCGAGGAGGAGGGCGACGUGGUCCUGGAGGAGGAGACGACGGAAUUAGAAGAAGAGCAAAAACGACAACGAGAACAAGAACAACAACAACAACAACAACAACAACACCCGGAUAGAAUAAUUAAUGCCAAGGGCAAAGCCGCAGUGCAAUGGAGGGGUUGGAGGAGGCCGGGCCCCAUAUCCGAGAGCGCCCCUUAA